AUGAGAAUAAGUUCAAGAAAAGGCGAGCCAUCGACCAUCCGGAUAACCAGCAUGGAGAGCAAAGUCAAGUCUCUUUUGGUGCAAAUGGCGCUGAUGAUCACUGCGCUGCUGUGGUAUGCUAAAAAGGGCGGAGUCCUUUUGGCCAUUGCCUUUGGGUACUUCUGUGCUAACUCUUGCUUUAUUCUUCUUCUGAUUCUUCUCACGGCAUCUUCUACCAAAAGAAAAAUAAAACACGAGGAGGCUGUAAAGGCCGCAGAGGAAAAGACAGUGAAGUCGGCAUCACCCCCGAUAAAAACAGAAGAGCCAGAGAAGAAGCCGGGCCUGAACUUCCAGCUAUCUUUCAGAAAAAAGAACAAGUCAAUCGCUCCUCCAAAAAAGAUCAUCAUUAAAAAGUAUGAAGAGUACGCAGCCACCUUCAAACUCACAAAGAAAAUAGAAAAAGAGUUUAAAACGUGGGUGCUAAAGAACGUUGUUACGCCUGUUGUGGCAGACCCCGUGAGCACACAGAGCAGGAUAAUGAGCAGAACACAGAAAAUACUCACCCAGUCAGAGAUCAACGACCUGAAAAUGAUGAGCGGAAACGGGUUUAUCUGCUACGACAAAAACAACGAACUGCACAGCCGCGCCCUGUUCAAAGUUCUUUACAACUAUUUCAACGACAAAAUACCAAGCGACACUUCUUUCUACGCCAACCCCAUGGACGAGUUUGUUUUUGACGAUAUCAGCAAAAUAAAAAUAAGCAUGUUCGGGCUGCUGGUUGAGGACACAGAGUCGCUGAUAGAAGGAAGAAAGACAUUCAGCGUCUAUUUUAUGAACAACAACAUCCUAUACGAUACAAACGGGGAUGUGAUACUGUCGUUCUUGCUGCUGCUUAUUUUUGCAAACGAAAACGAAGGAAGAUGCCUUGGCGCUCUAUCUCUGCGCGGCCUUCCGUUCCUUCCCAAGUAA